AUGGACGACCUCGAGUCCGCAGGCACGGGUUCGCCCCUCUCCGACAUCAACUCGGACGAGGUCGAGUCCUCCAAAUUCUAUCAACGAUCGCGUUCCAACUCGAGGGAGUCAACACUAUCAGUGCUCUCUGACGUUGCUAUGUCCAAUGUAUCGGACUCUCCGCCUCGAAGAGGCGCGCCUCCUGCAAAGAGACGGAAGACUGGGGCCUCUACCUACGACCAUGCCACACCUCAAUCUGCGUCCACGGCUAUCCCUCCUCGUUCACCUACGGGCAGCAUUUCCAGUGACAGCUCAGGCUCAGUACCUACAUCGCCCUCAUUCGCGCACCUUCCACCAACGCACCCUCUGACGACCGCUUAUUCCGCUGCCCAAGCCAACCCAGACAAUCCAGACAUGGCGGACUACGUCCAAGUAACAAAGUGCCUAUGGGACGAUUGCCCAAAUCCUGAGCAAGGAAACAUGGACAAUCUGGUGCAACAUCUCAACGAUGUUCACAUUGUGGCUCGGCAGAAGAAAUACUAUUGCCAGUGGCAGGGCUGCAAUCGCAAGGGUAAGGACCAGAACAGCGCGUACGCACUCAAAGCCCACCUUCGAAGCCACACCAAAGAGAAGCCCUUCUUCUGUGUUUUGCCCGAGUGUGACAGGAGCUUCACAAGGUCCGACGCCUUGGCCAAGCAUAUGCGAACCGUUCACGAGACCGAAGCACUUAGGCCUAGCGAUCCAGUACCACGUGGUCACACAGGAGGUAUCUCCAAUGGCACCUCAAACGGGCCAAAGAGACUCAAGCUCAUCAUGGGCGGCGGCGCCAAUGGCACGCGGCGCUCCAGUGAGAUCGGCGAUCUUCCUCCUCUGCCUACGCGCUACACGGCUGCACAGCUCGGCAUCCCGCCGGAGAGGAUGGAUACGACUGGAGCUAAUGAGUCUCCUGAGCUUGCAGAUGCUGUCGACAUGGACUCGAUACCUUUCGCGUUGCCAGUUGCGCCGGACUACUAUCCACCCGAGGUCUGGAUCGAUAUGGACGACUACGAGCGCAGCCUACCACCUUCACAGUAUUACCGGCUUCUGCAACGCCAGCUGGUAUGGGCGGACGAAGAGGGCCAAGAACUGAACCAUGAGUUGGCUGAAUAUAGGUCAACGGCCGAGGAUAUUCACGGCAAUCUGAUCAAGCGCGGUGCUGGCGACGAGGCUGGAGGUGACGACAACCGCAGAUACAACUGGGCGCAUACUGAACACCUUCUUGAUGCGCUCGUCGAUGCUGAGGUUGGACAAGUCGAGAAUUUAAUGGGCAUCGAGCCGUCAGACGAAAAGGAUGGGUGGAAGAGAAUCAAAGGCCUUUCUCAGGCGCCGGCGAUGAUGCAUCCCAAGCCUGAACCUGUUGUUUGA